GCUAAGGACUUCCCUCCCAUGAGAAAUGAUUUGAUACUACGAGCUGCUCGCGGCGAAAAGACUGAGCGAGCGCCUGUCUGGGUCAUGCGGCAAGCGGGUCGCUACCUUCCAGAGUUCCGUAAGCUUCGCGAAGAGUAUGAUUUUUUCACUAUUUGUCAGACUCCAAAGCUGGCGACUGAGGCGACGCUUCAACCUAUAAACCGAUAUGACGGGUUGCUAGAUGCAGCUAUCAUCUUCUCAGAUAUUUUGGUGAUCCCUCAAGCUAUGGGCCUCAAGGUAGUGAUGCUGCCAGGCAAAGGUCCUUCUCUCCCUGAUCCACUAAAAUCGCCUGAAGAUAUGCGCCUUCGAUUGAAAGGAAAGAUCGAUGUUCAACAGGAGUUGAAAUAUGUCUUCGAAGCCAUCACCAUGACUCGACAUGAACUCCAAGGACGUGUUCCUCUGAUUGGUUUUGUCGGUGGCCCAUGGACAUUAAUGACAUUUAUGACUGAGGGCAGAAGCAACAGGAUGUUAUCCAAAGUCAAAAAUUGGAUGUACAAGAAUCCAAACGAUAGUCAUGAAUUACUACGAAAGAUCACGGAUGUCACAGUUGAUUUUUUGGUAGGCCAAGUCCGUGCGGGUGCUCAGAUGCUUCAGGUGUUCGAGUCCUUUGCUGGAGAACUCUCACCCCUUGAUUUCGAGCGCUUCUUGCUUCCUUAUCUGAUCGAAAUCAAUGACCGUGUCAAAGCCGAGCUCAAGGAUGAUGCGGUGCCCAUGGCUGUAUACGCAAAAGGCGCUUGGUUUGCACUCGAUUCCUUGGCUGACAGUGGCUAUGAAAUCGUAUCCUUGGAUUGGACCCAUGAUCCUGCUGCUGCCAAGGUCAUCGUUAAGGGACGUGUUACAUUGCAAGGCAAUCUGGAGCCCAAUGUGUUGAUGGGAUCUGAUGAAGAGAUUGUCCGAGAGACCGAAAAGAUGGUCCGUGCGUUUGGAAGUUCUGAGAGGUACAUUGCCAACUUGGGUCACGGUAUCGUACCUGGUGCAUCUGUGGAAGGCAUGGAGCUUUUCCUUAAGACAGUUCAUCGUGUUGGACGUGAGAUUGGUGAGACGAGUAGACAGAACCAUUGUACGGAAGACGAAGAGGGAUUUAUCGUCUAGGAGAAACAUACUUGUACAUUUUCUUAAAUCUGC